CUAACAACGCAGAGCACUGAACAAACAUGGAAGUUUCUACCACUUACGCGCAUCUUCCACUGUCUGCUCCUCACGCUCCAUAAAGACAACCGAUCCUCCGUUGAAGUUUCGCGAACUGCUCCCUUCCCCUCUUCUUCAGGGCACUGAACGGAACGGUCCCAUUACGCGACGAGCAUUUGAAUUGCUGAUCAGAUCCGCGAUAUUACCUGCACUGCAGCAUACCCAACCAGCUUUACUUCUCUGUCGGGCAAUGGCGGAAGACGGUACCGUCACGGUCUACGGCAGCAGCACCCUCGCCGACUCCAAGCAUAGCAACCCUUUCUCCAUCAAGGUCGGCCUCGCCCAGCUCCUCCGCGGCGGCGCUGUCGUCGAGGCCACCUCCCUUCAGCAGGCCAAGAUCGCCGAGGAGGCCGGCGCUUGCUCCAUCCUCAUCUCCGAGCCGCCUCCCCGCGGCGCCGCCAUCUCCCGCAUGCCCGAUCCCUCCCUCGUCAAGGAGAUCAAGCGCGCCGUCUCCAUCCCCGUCAUCGCACGCGCGCGCGCGGGCCACUUCGUGGAGGCCCAGAUCUUGGAGGCCAUCGACGUGGACUACAUUGACGAGGGCGAGGUCCUCGGCCCCGCCGACGAGCACAACCACAUCAACAAGCACAAUUUCCGGACCCCCUUCAUCUGCGGCUGCCGGGACCUCGGCGAGGCCCUCAGGAGGGUCCGGGAGGGGGCAGCGAUGAUACGGGCACAGGGCGAUGUCGCCGGCGGCAACAUUGCCAGCACCGUGAGAAGUGUGAGGGCGGUGAUGGGGGAGAUCAGGGUCUUAAGCAACAUGGACGAGGACGAGGUGUUUGGGUUCGCGAAGCGGAUCGGGGCCCCUUACGACCUGUUGGCACAGGCGAAGCAGGUGGGGCGGCUGCCGGUGGUGCAGUUCGCCGCCGGGGGGAUAGCGACGCCGGCCGACGCGGCCCUGGUCAUGCAGCUGGGCUGCGACGGGGUGUUCGUCGGGUCGGAAAUCUUCGACUGCCCCGACCCGUAUAAGCGGGUACGGGCUAUUGUUCAGGCGGUGAGGCAUUAUACUGACCCGCAUGUCCUCGCUGAGGCAUCCUCGGGAUUGGAAGAACAAAUGGCCGGUCUCAGCCUCAUGCGUGAACAAAUCGAAAACCAAACUGCUUGAUGCUGCGAUACGUCCCGCCGGCUGUAGACCAACGGUUCCAGUUGAACAAGCUGAAUCAAUCCGGUCCAUCGUUUGCUUACAUGUUUCCUGAUGUACGAGUUCUGUUUUUGGUUAGCGAUUGUUAACUAGAGAGAGAGAGAGUGGCUUUUCUUUUGUUGUGUUAUGGUGCUUAAUUUUGCCUAAAAAUAAUUAUGCAUAUGUAUCAUAACAAAAUUACAUAUAGAAAAAAUGUCCAAAAUUAAUUUUUA